GUCAUUACGUCAUUAACCUAUUGGACGUGUAGCUGCGGUUCUCCGGGUGUAACGGCUCCGUCCUCCCUCUCAUAGCUGCUCCUGGCCCCCGGUAUGUCCGCUGUCGGUGUCCUGAGGAGCCGCCGGGUCCUCCGGCAGCUGCAGCUCGGCCUCCCCGCCUCCGUGUUCCGGCGCUACAGCCUGGAUGUCCCCGCUCCGCUGCUCCGGACUCAGGGCUACGUGGACGGUCGCUGGGUCUCCGCAGCUUCGGUGUUCCCGGUGCUGGACCCGGCCACCGGACAGGAGUUAGCCCGGGUGUCAGACUGCGGUCCGGCGGAGGCCCAGCAGGCGGUGCAGGCUGCGCACCGAGCCUUUCAGUCCUGGAGGGAGACGACAGCCAAGGAACGAAGCGUUCUGCUGAGGAGGUGGUUCGAUCUGCUGAUGCUUCACAAAGACGAUCUCGCCAAACUCAUCACCUUUGAAUGUGGCAAACCCCUGCGGGAGUCUCUGGGGGAGGUGGCGUACUCUGCCUCCUUCCUGGACUGGUUCUCAGAGGAGGCUCGGAGGAUUUACGGAGACAUCAUCCCGCCCCCCGUCAAAGACAGGAAGCUCCUCCUCCUCAAACAGCCGGUGGGCGUGGCCUCCAUCAUCACACCGUGGAACUUCCCCAGCGCCAUGAUCAGCAGGAAGGUGGGGGCGGCGCUGGCGGCCGGCUGCACGGUGGUGGUGAAACCGGCCGAGGACACGCCGCUGUCCGCUCUGGCUCUGGCUGAGCUGGCGGAGCGGGCGGGGAUCCCGCCGGGAGUGGUCAACGUGGUUCCCUGCUCCAGGGACAGAACCCCGUCUGUUGGACAGGUCCUCUGCACCGACCCGAUGGUGGCCAAGAUCUCCUUCACCGGAUCCACAGCUACAGGGAAGAUGUUGUUAAAAAUGGCCGCCGACUCUGUGAAGAGAGUUUCCAUGGAGCUAGGUGGCCACGCCCCCUUCAUCGUGUUUGACAGUGCCGACGUGGACAUGGCGGUGGGUGGAGCCAUGGCUUCCAAGUUCAGGAACUCUGGACAGACCUGCGUGAGUUCCAACCGGUUCCUGGUCCAGAGCGGGAUCUACGACCACUUCCUGGACAAACUGGGCCGAGCGAUGGACGCUGAGCUCCGACUGGGUCAUGGCUCGGAGCCUGGCACCACCCAGGGUCCACUCAUCAACUCCAGAGCUGCAGAGAAGGUGGUCCAUCACAUCUCAGAUGCUGUGUCCCAUGGCGCCAGGCUGCUGAAAGGAGGAACCCGUCUGAGCGGUUCCUUCAUGGAACCAACUCUGCUGGCCGACGUCACCACAGACAUGCUGUGCACGAAGGAGGAGACAUUUGGACCGCUGGUUCCGGUCAUCAGGUUCGACACAGAGGAAGAGGCGCUGGCUGUAGCGAAUGGAACCGACGUUGGACUCGCAGGUUACUUCUACUCGCAGGACAUCGCUCAGAUCUGGCGGGUGUCCGAGGCCCUGGAGGUGGGGAUGGUCGGGGUCAACGAGGGCAUCCUGUCGGCCCCCGAGGCCCCCUUCGGGGGGGUCAAGCAGUCCGGUCUGGGCCGAGAAGGGUCCAGGUGCGGCGUGGACGAGUACCUGGAGGUCAAGUACCUGUGCUUCGGAGGACUGAGGCCCUGAACAGGUCCGACAGGUUCUGGUCUCAGCUGCUAGUUAGAGUCCAAACUAACAAAGUCCUGCCAGAACCGGGCCCGAUCCAGUCACGUGUUACCGGUCCGGUUCAACAUGAGGUAAAGAAAGAACUGGCUCAGAUCCUGACCCGUAAACACCAGAACCAGACGGUCCUGUAAUCUGAGUUAAAUAAAUAUUUUAGUUUUUGGAGGCGGUCCAGUCCAAACCGGGCCUUAUCUCAGAACAAAGCCCGGUUCUGGACUGCACAUUGUUGGAUUAAGUUCUGUUCAUUAAUAAUGAGUAAAACAUGUUUUAGUGUCUGAUCAUUUCCUGCUGAGGAGCAGGACGGGUCGGGCCUUCACUUCAGAACCAGAACCAAACAUUAUGAUGUGGCUGAGCUGCUGGUUCUGUUGAACAGCCGCACUGUCAGCUGGGUCCGUUUGGGUCAGAACUUUUGUUGAACCUCCAGCAGAACCAGGUGUGAUUACCAGGUGUUCUCAUGGGUUCCGACCCACUGGGUUUCUCCAGAACCUUCCUAUAAAUGUGGUUUUAAAUCUGCGUUGUUUCAGCGGCACCGGCAGAUGUUUGGAUCACGGGUCAACAUCCUGAGCCUGAAACGUUGUG